CCUGCCCUGUGCCAGUGUUCGGCUCGCCGAAGAGCGAGCAGUAGCCAAAUCUCUGCACACGAACCCGUGCUGGAAAAAAGAGAACGCAAGAAAAUAAAUAGUCUUGCUCUGCUCUACUGAGCGGAAUUUUAAUCAGAAGAAUGUGUGACAUUGGAUGUCCACAUCUACAAGAAAUCAAAGCAUCGAAAGGUGUUGAAUUAUACAGAAUUAUCUUUUCCAGCUUCGUUGCAGCCUCCAACUCCGUAGCAAGGAAAAGGAAGGCAAUACAUUGUUACUGCUUUGUUUGCAAAAGUGUUGAUUAUCGACUGCACUCUUGCUUGAAUUGUGUUUACUUUGGAUGCUACAAUGGUCACCACAUACAAGACCAUGCUAAGCAUAAAAAACAUUAUCUUGCUGUUGAGCUGUCUCAUGGAAAUGUCCUAUGUGUGGCAUGUGGUACUUAUGUUUAUGAUGACGACCUCCUCAAUGUUGCUCAUGAACUGAUGGUGCGGGCUGGAAGUAGAUUAGGAAUGGGAGCUCUUUACAGACCAUGGGAGCCAUCCACAAAAGUCUUAGAGCUUUUAAGAAAAAAUCCUAAACGGCGUAAAAUUGUACCAGGUGUUGCUAUUGGUCUUAGAGGACUCAUUAAUCUUGGAAACACCUGCUUCAUGAAUUGCAUAGUGCAAGCUCUAACUCACACACCCUUACUGCGAGAUCACUUUCUAACUGAAGAGCAUGUUUGCCGUCCUGAAGAUCAACCUGGAUGUUUAGUUUGUGAAGUAUCAACACUCUUCCAGGAGUUCUACUCUGGUAACAAAGGUCCUCUUACUCUUCACCGCCUAUUGCAUAUGAUUUGGACACAUGCUCGUCAUCUAGCUGGGUAUGAACAGCAGGAUGCCCACGAGUUCUUCAUUGCCACUCUAGACGUGUUGCAUAGACAUUGCAAAGCAUCUGCACCAGCACUGCCUGAAAAUGAAAAUUCACAGCGAGAUAAUCCUCACCAGUGCUCAUGUAUUAUUGAUACCAUUUUUACUGGAGGAUUACAAUCAGAUGUUGUAUGCCAGGCAUGCAAAGGAGUAUCAACAACAAUAGAUCCAUUUUGGGAUAUCUCAUUAGAUCUUGGAAGAGGGGGAAAUAACAUUGGCGAUGACAGCUCAUUUAACACAUCUAUGGGUUCAGAUCUUGCCUUAUCAGGAGAACAGUCCAAGCAGACCAAUAGUGGUCCAACUACCCUUAUUGAUUGUUUAGAAAGGUUUACAAGGGCUGAACAUUUAGGUUCUUCUGCUAAAAUAAAGUGCAAUAACUGUCAGAGCUAUCAGGAAUCUACAAAGCAGCUCACAAUGAAAAAGUUGCCUGUUGUUGCAAGUUUCCAUCUCAAGAGAUUUGAGCACUCUUCCCGUCUUCAUAAGAAGAUAUCAACUUAUAUAUCAUUUCCUGAGCAGCUAGACAUGACUCCUUUUAUGUCAAAUCAUCGUAACAAUCGCAAUCUUUUCAAUAGUGGAGCUAGUAGUAGUAGCAGUAGCAGUAGUGACAGCGCAGGUGAAUGGAACAGUUCUGGAUCUGGAUCACUCAGUUUAACUGAUAACAGGUACUCACUUUUUGCUGUAAUUAAUCAUCUUGGAACAUUGGAUGCUGGUCACUAUACAGCGUAUGUAAGGCAGCAGAACAAUCAUUGGUUUAAAUGUGAUGAUCAUAUGAUAACCAAGGCAAAUCUCCAGGAAGUCCUAGACAGUGAAGGAUACUUGCUAUUUUAUCACAAGAAAUUGAUGGAGUUUCAGUGAAGUGAAGCCACGUCAAUCUGUUAAAUAUGACUCCCUAGGACGCAGGCGACCUGGGUACACAAUACAAGACAUCAAAGACAUUGAAUAUUCAUGUUUUAAAUGAGAUCAAAGUUUCUCAGUUUGUAAAAAUCAUGUGUGGCGUUUUUGCCUAUUAUGAAACUUCCCAACAUAGUGUGCAAACUGCUUCAAAAGCAUUUGCUACCAGUAUAAAACUCUUGGGUUUUGUUUUACUUUUAAUCCUCUUGUUACAAGUCUGUGAAUGUUUUGCUCACUGUGAGUUAGCGCAUGUUCAUGAGAUUGUCAUAAUAUGAGGCUGAUGUGAGGCUUUGUUAUGCCUAAUGACAUGACAGAGCUCUAAUUUUUCUCAGAGUUUCUUCAGCAGGUUUUUGCUGCUUCUUUGUGAUAAUUCAUAUUUCAAUAUUAUAUGCAUAAGUGACUGAUUAUUGUACCUAUUCUCUGUAGGAAAGGUGUCCUUUUACAAAGAUCUUUGGCUUUUUCUGAUGUAGAUAUAUCAAAAUAACAUUUGUUAUUAUUUUGAUAUGUUUACCAUUUACGCAGGUAGUUUAUGUAACUGUGUCAUUAGUGCCCAAAUGCAAACUUUACCAGGAUUAUAUUUAUUUACUUGAUUGUGUAAUUUUGAUUUUAGCCAUUUUUUGGCACCUUUCUGUAUGUUGGUCUAUCAGUGGAUGGUAUUUCCUCUGUCUUACAGACAUCCUUAUAUCUCUGUAAUCAUUGAGAGUUAGGUGGUAUACGUUCAAUGGAAAAUUUUCUGUGCUUUGUGAUAUUUUUCUUUGCACACUUGUUUUCGAUAUGAAGAAGACAACGUAGCUUACUGAUACGUAAUGUUUUACCUAUCAUGCUCUGUGUUAACUUUGUUGUACAUAAAUUAGGUAUGUAGUCCUUUGUCCUUUGUUGUCUGAAUCAUCAAUUUCACAUCACCCCCUGUAUGAGCCAAGCAACGCAAUAUCUUUUGACCAUUAAGCUUACUUGGUUAUGGGAAUGGUCCCAGUCAACCUGUCAAAAUCUAAAAUUAUUCCUGCGUAUCAAAGGAAAGAAGUGAAGGAUAAUGGUUGUGACUUACAUUAAUAAUUGACACAAUGAUAAGACAAAUGAUUUUGAAUGUUGACUGAAACUAAUAUAUGUGGUAAGGUAUUAAAUUAUGGAAUUGCUUUUAUUUCUCCUUCCAUUUAGACUUAAUUAUGUAAUUUUGAAAAGAAAACUUCUUUGAGUAUUACAAUGACUAGAUAAGUUUCAAUGAACUGUGAAUUUUGGGCGAGUGUGCCUAGUAAAUUUUGUGUAUCAUAAAAGAAAUCAAUUUAAUUUAACUUGUUGGGAGAAAUUCUGUGACCCUGACCUACAGUUGUGUGUGCUAAGAGUCAAAUACAUCUGUAAUAUAUGUUUUAAAUAACAUCAAAAAGGUCAUUUUUUGAAAAUUGCAUCAAUGUUGAUCGCUAAAUUAAUUUCAUUAAUGUUCUUGGUUUCCGACAAAUCUAAGUACAACAGAUGUUAUUUAUAAAAUAAAUCAUAAUCUCAUCACAUGACUUUGGCGAUGGGUCUGUGCAGCUUUCAGUAUAUCUUUAAAAAAAAUAUACAAACUUGACAUUUGUUGUAAAUUUUCAUGAGUUUAAAUUAUCUAACUCUGUAGUGAUGAGUUAACUGGGAGACUGUUAGGAAGUCUUAUUGUGAAUACAAAUGCUAAAUGAAAUGAAAUGAACUGAAAAUCAUGGAAUAAAUCUGAUGGUUGUUAAUGUUA